AUGGGUGAAGUAGUACGUGUUGUGUUGGAAAAAUUAACACGAGCUCGUGUCCUAUUUAAUGGCAAAGGUUCAGAUACACUUUUCAAACAGGAUUCAUUUCCAACCAAAUAUAUUUCUGAAAUCCUCAGGCAUGGCUUAGUGAUAAUACAAUUGUUUUGUAAAAUAAAUAUUGAAAGUUUCAGUGAUGAAAGUGGUUCAUACGUGCAUAUGAGAGAUAUAUUGGAUGAAUUGGGUAUUGAUCACUACAGCUUCAGUGAUAUGUUACUUCUUCGAGAAGUUUGCAUUGUCGUUUCACGCCGAUCAGCCAAUCUUGGCGCUGCUGCAAUUGCUUGUGUGUUAAAUCGUGUUCGAAAACCGAAUAUGGUAGUUGGAAUAGAUGGCAGUACCUAUAAAUAUCAUCCAUUUUUUGACUUUUGGGUUCAUGAUAAAUUAAAGGAGCUCGUCGAUCCGGGCCUUAAUUUCAAAUUGUUACAAACAGCUGAUGGUAGCGGUAAAGGUGCAGCGUUAAUUACAGCAAUUAUUUCACGGUUGAAAAAACGUGAACAACAACCACAACAACAACCACAACGACAACCACAACCACAACAACCACGACAACAUAUGGCUGAUGGACACGUAAAAGUGGCGAUGGGAGAAAAUGUUGAAAUGAAAGGAAGCCGCAAGCAGCCAUCAUCCAUGAAUGAAAGUCAAAAAGUUGAUUUGAUGAUAAAUGAUAUGCCAACCUAUGAUAGCUUUAAUGGUGAAGUAGAAAAUGCUAUGAUUCAUUUAUCCAAUCCGUAA